ACAAAAUUGAUUUUUGUUUAGUAACAUUAAAGGUUCUGUGUUUGUUAUUUAUAUUUGUGUUUUUGUUUUAAUUUAUAUCUUUUAAUGAUGACAAGUACUAGUGGUGUGCAUGAUUGGAGGUUUUUUUCCUUGAAAUAUGUUGGUUGUUUGGAAAUUUAUACACCGAUGAAAAGCUUAGAUUUUGAUACUCGAAGUAAAGUGGCUAAAGAAUGCAUCAAUCGAGUCUGUGAAGCAAGUGGCCUUAAAACAGUUGACAAGAAACGUCGUCCAGAUAAAAGGAUAUUCAAAAUGUUAGCUGAACGUCCGAAUAUGGAUAAUGCUGGAUCGAAUGUAAAUUUGGAGAUUACCAGCUCUUAUUUAAAACUAUCUGUGAUGGAAACGGGAGAGGUCAUCGCUAAACAUGACAUGCCAAAUAUAUCUUUUGCAUCCGGCGGAGAUGCUGAUACACUUGACUUUGUAGCUUAUGUUGCAAAGGAUCAUGAAUUUGUGCGUGCUUGUUUCGUUUUAGAAUGUGGUGGAGGAAAAGCACAAGAUGUCAUAUCAACUAUUGGACACGCUUUUGAGCUAAGAUUCAAAGAGUUUCUUGCAAAACAACCGCAUAAAAGUAUCCAAGAAAGAUUUGAACAUAGAACGCAAUUCAAUAGUUUAAUCAAUCAUGGUACCUUGGAAGGAGCAAUAGGAGGAGAUGACCGUGAUUAUUACAAUGAUAUGCCAGGAAAGGUGCCUCCAGACUUACCUGAAAGGAAAAAUGAUCGCCGAAUUGAUGAUAAAUUCAUGAGAGUUCACUCUUUAGGGAGAAGCUCUGUAGGUAAAUUCAAUGCACAACAACCCUCAACAUCUGAUCCAACACCGAAUUUAAUAGACUUGACUUCUGACCUCCAAGUGCUGCCAAGUGAAGCUUUAACAUUAAAUAAUGCCAUCGCAUCAUCUUUUUCAUCUCCAUUAUCGAAGCUUAAAACAACAUCAGCCAAUCCUAGCCCUUGUUCUCGAACAUCAUCAUUUAAUCGUAAAACUGAACCAGAAUAUGUGAAUUGCAAUCCUGAAGAGCUAUCUAAACUUAAUUCGUCAAUAAAAGAAUCGUCAUCGUCAUCACUUCCAUUUGCGAUAAAAGAUCCAUUUGACAUGCAACCUUUUUGUGGAGCGCUGGAAAAUUUAUCAACUGACCUCGAGCCUAGCUCAUUAUUAUCAUCAACCUCGCCCAUUAAUGGUUCAAGCUCCUCAAAGCUUGAAACAAGUGAUUCAAUCAAUGAUCUCAAAUCUUCAAUAUCCUCUACUACUAAUACAAAUGAGGAUUUAGCACAAGCUGUCUGGUUUCAUGGGGCCAUCGGCAGAAGAGAAAGUGAAAUGCUUGUUGUUAAUGAUGGUGAUUUUCUUGUUCGUGAAUCGCUUCACUCUCCGGGUAAAUAUGUUUUGACUGGAAUGCAGGGAGGAUUAAGGAAACAUUUCACUCUAGUUGAUCCGGAAGGCGUGGUUCGGACUAAAGCAUGUACUUUUGAUAGUGUCACUCAUCUGAUCAAUUAUUAUCGAGACAAUCAACUUCCCUUGAUGACUGCAGACAGCGAAUUAGUGCUUCUUAACCCAAUAAUCCGACGUUCACAAGCCAGCUAAAUUUGUAGAUGUAACCAGCAAUCUUUCGCUUUCUCAAUUUCAUUUUUGCUCUCUUUCAUUAACAGUUCCCAUGUAUGUAAUUCUCUAAUAAAAUUGGAUUCUUUAAAGAUGAUUCAA